UCUCUUCGCCGCUUCGAGGCUUCAAUCAACUUGCCAUUAUUAAAUUCGCAUACCACGACAUUUGACAUUUGACAUGAGUUGGUUCGGUUCAAGUAAGCCCAACGCUCCAGAGGCACCAAAGGCAACAGCCGAUGGCGGUUUUAUUGCGCCCGAUCGCAACAAGCGCGCACACUGCUGGGAGGGCCGCGACGCCUACUUUGCCUGUCUCGACAAGAACAACAUCAUCGACAGUGUGAGAGAAGGGGAGAAGGCCGAUAAGCUAUGCUCUCAAGAGUCGGUCAAGUUUGAGCAGAACUGCGCCUCUAGCUGGGUCCAAUACUUCAAAAAGAGAAGAGUCAUGGAGUACCAAAGAGACCAGACUCUCAAGCGACUACAAGGCGAAGGCGCCAGCGACAUUGCUGUCCAGCAAAAGUAGUCCCAUCUCGACACCUCACAAUCGCCUCCUACAGCAAUCGCAUAAACGCCGCUCAAGCCUUCGCCCACGCCGAAGCACGCGGUCCGCCACCAUGCACCAGCAUACAUCCUUUCAUCUGCUACCUCAGUAGCUGUCUCCAAUCCUGGACAUCAUGUUGCACGCCGGGCUGUUGAGAUUCGGAGCCCAAGGAGAAGGAUAAUGGAAGAAAGUCGUCUUCACACUGUAUCAUACGUAACUAUCUGUACCAACAUUACGCCGAAAUGAACAUCAAAACAAUGGCAUCAUAUACACCUC